GGGACACUCUGAACCGGUUGCAAACCAAUUACAAAGUGAGUUCGUAUUUCCCACCAUCGACCUGUGGCACACUAUCAUUUGAAACUUUUGAUUCCCAAAAUCUAGUGGAGGAGAUGCCUGGGAUCGACAUAAAUUGAAUAAUAUUCAAGGGAACUGUUUACCCUCAACAAUUUAAACCACCUCAACUACCAAUUAACCUAUUGGUCAACCCGAACUAUUAACCAAACAAUCGAACGCCUCACAACGAAACAAGCACCCAACUACUGUAUCAGCCACCGACUCUUACCACAAACCAUCUUCUCACCCAAACUACCAAUCGACCCCACAAACCAACCAAACUACAAAUUAAGUUAACCAGCCAUUUGAUUUUACUGCUGAACCCUUUUGUGCAGAACACACCCACGUGCGAGUGAGCAGAGCCAUUGCGCGUUGGUGGUUUAAGAUAAUAUUUUGCAUGCAGGGUAUACUGUACUGUCCUGAUCCUCCCCCUCACGCCAAUCAAACAAACGGUCAUCCAAACAGUGUUUAAUGCUGCUCUUUUGACGUUUGUCAGGCAUAAUAAAACUAAAAUAUAUAGAAUGCAUUAAUCCAUUUUUACUAUCAUCUAAGGACGAUUAGUGAAGAUAAAAUCCUGUGGUGCUUCACUUUGGGCAUUUUCCGACUCGUCUUGUGAUUGGCCGACGCGUCUCUGACGUAUUGAUGCACUGUCCCAAGAUUUUCCGCUAUUAACUAAGCAAAACCCCUCUAAACCGAGUGAAAUUGGUCAUAGGAGGUGACUCCGUGAUCUUCCAUGAAUGGGGUCCCAUCUGUUAUACAGUCCUGUGUAGCUAAUCCCGAUAACUAGCUAACAAUCAACAAACGGCGACAAACGGUUUUAGCCUUGAUCUUAUGGUGCGAUGCAGGGGUCAUUAUAUAGUAAUGCUCUGGAUUCACACGUUCUGUUAUUUUAAUUAACUUAUAAGACAUUUCACUGACACGGUGAUACUCGUGACUAAACUGCGGCACUUCCGGAUAUUCUGUGACGGGUUUAUGCGUCUCUGCUUUGACGUCAGUCGUUGGUACUUCCGGAUAUCCAAUGAUUGGCUGACUCGUCUCCCUCUGACGUAGUUUAUUUUGCAUCAAGAUGGCGAUCCACCUGUUUCCAUAACGGCGAUCAUCUCUGCGUUUUCCCCAGGAUUUGGUCAAUUCAAGCCGAGUGAGAAUUGUUAUUAAGGGCCUCCGUCCACUAUGUCCACGGAGGAGCUUUCAGCCUCGGAUAGCGAGGCCGCCGUGGCCGGCGCCGGCGAGCGCUGGGCGCCGGUAGGCGCCGUGGCCAACCCCGAGGAGGAGCGCGCAAACUGCGGCCAGUCGAGGGGAAGAGCAUCGGUCGGCGGAGGCGACGUCGACGAGGAAAUGGCGGGGCGACUGAUGAAGCUGGAAGAGGAGCAGGAGCUCCUCAACUCGUCGCUGCUCGCCCUUACGUCGCACUUUGCCCAGGUGCAGUUCCGACUCAAGCAGAUCGUCCACGCGCAGAGCGACGAGAAGGAGAAGAUGCUCACCGAGCUAGAGGAGUUCGCCUUCCGGGGAUGCCCGCAUGUGCUCGGCUGCGGACCCCGUGACGCCCAGCACCUCCACAACACGGAGGACCUGAGCGAGCGGGAGAAGCGCGAGCGUUUGGAGGCUCAGCGGGAGAAGCAAAAAGAUCUCAUCUUCCAGCUCAAGACGCAGCUGGACGACCUGGAGCACUUUGCCUACCAGGAGGGCAGCUACGACUCGCUGCCGCAGUCGGUCGUCAUGGAGCGGCAGAAGGUCAUCAUCGACGAGCUGAUCAAGAAGUUGGACGUCAACCUGAAUGAGGACAUCGGCAACUUGUCGCCCGAGGAGCUGCGACGGCGAGUGGACGCCGCCAUCGCGCAGAUCGUCAAUCCGGCGCGGGUGAAGGAGCAGCUGGUCGAGCAGCUCAAGACGCAAAUUAGAGACCUGGAGAUGUUCAUCAACUUCAUCCAGGAUGAGGUGGGCAACCCUCUUUUGUGUGACGGCACGCACAGUCAGCAGCCUCUAGCGGCCUCUGCCAAGACCAGAACCGCUAGAGGGACGAGGACUGCGGACCCGGAACAGGCGCAGCGGAUGCGCGAGACAGGCCUGCAGCUGAUCCAGAAGGCUCUGGCCGUGCUGCAGAUCUUCGCUGCCAGCCAGUUCGGCUGCUCGGCCGGCCAGGCGCCGUCGGGCAUGUGGCCUCAAGACUCGGCGCAGCGCGAUUAUGGUCCUCUCCUCCGCCGUCUGGAGGCAACCGUGGACAAGGUUCGCGUUCUGGGCUCGCACCGCCAGGCUGGCCCGGAUCACGUGGUCAACUACACCGGGAACUCGGCUCUGGGACCGCGCGAUGAGCUGACUGCAUGUGUACGCAGGGAACUGGCCCUGGUUCUCAAAGACUUGCUGGCUCAUGGUCUGGUUUCGCCUUCCCAGACUGUCAGCCUGGUUCUGGCGCCCAUCUCCUGCUUGCUGCCCCACCGGACCACCGGGCCCCAAACCAUACACCCUUGGGAGCUCUUCGUCAAGUACUACCACUCGAAAAACGGCAAGGCCUUUGCAGAGUCGCCCGCCCGCCAGCUCUCGCAGUCCUUCAGCCUGCCGGUAGGGGGCGGUCCGGUUACCGUUACCCCUAAACAAUCCCUCCUGUGGGCCAUCCACACGGUUCUGAAGGAGCACGGGCGCUACAAGCGAGGCCCCGACACGGAGUUCAAGGCGCUCGUGUGCAUGGCGCUCAACGAGCAGCGGCUGGUGUCGUGGCUCAACCUGCUGUGCAAGGCGGGCACGCUGGUGCACCCGCACUACCUGGCGUGGAGCUACAUGGCGCAGACCGGCUUCGAGGGUGCCCUCCGCAUCCUGGGACGCAUCAGUCACCUCAAGUUCGACCUGCCCGUUGACCUGGCCGUGCGGCAGCUCAAGAACAUCAAGGACGCUUUCUGACCACGCCAAAUGCAAUCAGUCAAGAAGACGUUAGCGUUGGGGUGCGCAAAACAUUUUGCCCCGCGGCUGACAUGCGGCCCAGCCAACAUUUACAUUCUAUAAGAAUCCCGAAAUUGUUGUUGCAUUAAGACAUUUCGUUUUUCGAAAAUGAGUUACUUAAAAUCUAUUUAUUCAUUGUUUGUUUGUUUUUUUAAUAGUGUCUCUCAUUAUACCAUUGGUUAGUUGUAAAAAUUACAAUUUAUCCUUGAACUAUGUUGUAUUUAUUUGAUCAAAUAAUUGGUUAAUUAUAAUAACAUUGAUAUAAAUAGAAAAAAAGAGUGAUGUUUUAAAACUAAUAACAUUACAACUGACAGAUAAUUAGUUUACAAUUACCAGAAUGGCUGACUAUCCAAAAAUGAGGCGCUAGCACAGUGACUGACUUUGCUGCUUUUUUUUUUUUGUUUCAUUUAAAAAUGUUUUGUGAGAUGAUUGUAUGGGAACACGAUACUGGUUGCGGCAAGUAUCUUCUCAUGAAUGUCAACGCUGUAGUUGCUAUUCAAGUGCUACCUCCACGUGUGUAGCAGGUUUUAAAUUGCUUAGACUGACACCAGCAACGAAUCAGUGUGCAAAUGUAGCACCGAAUGUUGUUUUUGCCCUGCUAUCUUGGUACUUAUGUACAGAAAAAAAAUCAUAAUUUAUUGGGUCAUAUCGGCAUAUAAACACAGCUGCCACACUGAAUCAUGAAUAUGUAGCUACGUUCUUUUGAUUUCUUUAUCCUAAACAUUAAUAAUACACAUGCAGUAGUUUGCUGUGUCACGUUCCUGUCAUGUCGUUGUAAACUUUGUAUGUGUGAUAAACCCCGGAGCUGCUCAUGGGUUUUCUUGCUUUUUUUUCUGCAGAUUUUACACCCUGAAUUCAAAAUACACUACAGAAAGGCAA